AUGGUGGAAGUCACUGUGCUGGGAGAGUGGAGGUUCUGCAGGAAGGACACUCACACAGGGGCGCGGCUGGUGAACGGACCGGACUCCUGUUCUGGUCGAGUGGAGCUCCAGUACCUCAGGGAGUGGGGCACAGUUUGUGCUGUAGGCUGGGAUAUGAGAGCUGCAGAUGUUCUCUGUGCACAGCUGGAUUGUGGGAGUGCUGUGGCUGUGGUGGAAGUGGACUGGUUUGGGGAGGGGAGUGGCCACAUCUGGGCUGAUGUGUUUGAUUGUCAGGGGAAGGAGACACACCUAUCACAAUGUGGCAUCUCAUCAUGGAGUGGAGCUGCAUGCUCUCAUAAACACGAUGCUGGAGUCAUCUGUAAUGGAUCAUCCGUGGCGUUUCAUGAGGGGCGAGUGCGGUUGUCUGGAGGGAGCGAGUGUCAGGGGGAGGUGGAGAUUUAUUUCAGGCAGGACUGGAGGAGAGUUCUCCUGGACUCGUGGAGUCUGUCUGAGGCGUCUGUGCUCUGCAGACAGCUGGGCUGUGGCUCCGUGCUGAACUACCGCUCCUCUCCAUCCACCACUGAACACAAACACAUGUGUGUAACGGGUUUCAGCUGCUCUGGGAGUGAAGCUCUUCUGGGGAACUGCAGCAGUGCACAACCUGUCAACUGCAGCUCCGGGGAACAGCUGUACAUCACCUGCUCAGGUAACACCUACGAAUGA